GGCUGUGAAAGGGGCGGUGAGCGAGGUGCUUCGGUCUCAAGGCGAGGCUUGGCCUCCCCAGCAGAGACGGGGGGAAGAGGCGGCGGCAGCGGCGGCCCUUGGGCCGGCUGGUGAGGUGAUGGCGGCACCAGCCCCAGGGCCUGGGGGAGCCUCUGGUGGCGCUGGCUGUAGCGGCGGCGGCGGCGCGGUCGGCGGCUCGGGCUCCGGGUCCGCGGGGGCAGGGGGCCGGCUGCCCAGCCGGGUGCUGGAGUUGGUGUUUUCCUACCUGGAGCUGUCCGAGCUGCGGAGCUGCGCCCUGGUGUGCAAGCACUGGUACCGCUGCCUGCACGGUGAUGAGAACAGCGAGGUGUGGCGGAGCCUUUGCGCCCGCAGCCUGGCAGAAGAGGCUCUGCGCACGGACAUCCUCUGCAACCUGCCCAGCUACAAGGCCAAGGUGCGUGCUUUCCAACAUGCCUUCAGCACUAAUGACUGCUCCAGGAAUGUCUACAUUAAGAAAAAUGGUUUUACUUUACAUCGAAACCCCAUUGCUCAGAGUACUGAUGGUGCAAGGACCAAGAUUGGUUUCAGUGAGGGUCGCCAUGCAUGGGAAGUGUGGUGGGAAGGCCCUCUGGGCACUGUGGCAGUGAUUGGAAUUGCUACAAAACGGGCCCCCAUGCAAUGCCAAGGUUAUGUGGCAUUACUGGGCAGUGAUGAUCAGAGCUGGGGCUGGAAUCUGGUGGACAAUAAUCUACUACAUAAUGGAGAAGUCAAUGGCAGUUUUCCACAAUGCAACAAUGCACCAAAAUAUCAGAUAGGAGAAAGAAUUCGAGUCAUUUUGGACAUGGAAGAUAAGACUUUAGCUUUUGAGCGCGGAUAUGAGUUCCUGGGGGUUGCUUUUAGAGGACUUCCAAAGGCCUGCUUAUAUCCAGCAGUUUCUGCUGUAUAUGGCAACACAGAAGUGACUUUGGUUUACCUUGGAAAACCUUUGGAUGGAUGACAGUGGCUUUCUUGGGAUGAAAAACUGAAUGGAGAAGAUAUCUGCUUGUGGAAAGUAGAAUCAUGAAGUGACAGUGUCAUACAUGCAUGCCCAAGAAACAUCCUGAAAAACACAUGAAAUUGUUAACUGGAGAAGCAACUCUACAGCAGAGAUCAUCUUAGUGUUUCCUCUUUCUACUGGGCCAGAAAAAUCCUCAGGGUUGCAGUUGGUUGAGUGGGCAGUUGACAUAUGCAUGUUGCAACAGAUUUUGUCUCUAAGUUAGCAAUGUGUUAUUUCCAACUUUUAAGGUGAGAUUUUAGAGAUGCUAUAAAAGGGAUAAGAUAAGGAAAUAGCAAGAUUUUUAAGUAGUGUGUUUGUGAAGAAAGACUGAUCCUGUUUUACAACUGCCUGUUUUUUCUCCAGACCCUUUUUUUCCAGCCAGCUUGACUAUUAGAAAAGUAUGAAACUGGUUGGGUUUUAUUUAAUAUUUUUAAUAUAUUGAGAAGCAUGGUCUGCCUGGACUGCACUUCUCUAACAGUGAGUUGUAAAAUUGUGCAGCUAUUUUAAAAGUUGUAUAUAUAAUAAGUGUGUAAAAAAAAACCUGUAAAAAACAAAAACAGGACAAAGGGGUUGCUUUGUUCUAGUUCAAUUUCUUAAAAACCACUACAUGGUACAAAAUUAGAAUAACAUUUAGGGAAAAUUAGGUAACUACAAAGAAGAAGAUUAAGAGGAGAUGUGCUGUAUUGGCUUAUUUUUAAAUUAAUUUGGUUUACAGUUUCCAUAGCUAUUACAGUCUAUAGUUAUUUUUCUUUUAAUGAUCAAAAUUAUUGUAAACAUCCAUCAGCCUUGAGUUUAAGAUUGAGGGAAAGCAAAUCUAUUUCUAAUCAUACAUAUAUCAGUAGUAAUAAGAAUAAUGUGUAUCUUAUAGUAUCUGGUUUUAUUUUUUGGCCUUCUGAGGAAGUGUCUCAUAACAACACAGAACAUUGCUGUUUGCUCUUACAGACCUCAACUAUGAAAGCUGUUAGUCACAGACCUUAGGAAAAGAAUUAAUGGUCCUUUUAUUUUGUAAUUUCAUAAUGCUAUAGAUAUUAUAAUUUUUUAAAUUUUAUAUUGUUUACAUCAUGGCAACAAAUCUAAGCCUCAGAACUCUUCCUUGGGGUUAUCAAGAAAAUGUUUACUCACCCACCUGAAACAGUGCCAGCCUGAACCCAGGUUAGGAAUGUUAUUAAUCUCAUCAUAGAUAAUUGCCCCCAUGGGACUUGAAAUAAAAUACCUUGUGCUGAAAACUUCAGGUUGGCAGUAUUUUGAAGGUUUCAUUGUAGAAGAGCUUGACAUUAAUUCCUAUUCUGAGUUUUUGACUAAUAAAUCUGAUUUCACUAAUAUUCUUGAGUUAAUAAUCAUCUAACAUAUAUGAGCUGAGGUUUCCUUUUGUUAUGAGAAAAACAAACAUCUUUCUGUAUGAAAGUAUAAAUGUAUGGUUUCAGAUGCAUCUUUGUGAAAAGAAUUGACUAAGGCAGAUGGAAUCUUUUCCUUUUAGGUUAUUGCUGUGCGUAAUUUAGUUUUAAAUCUAAUCAAAUUAGAGAUAGCAAGCAGCUGGCUGGGGUUCUUGGGUUGCCCCUUGAGAGUUAAGCUUGUCAAUGCUCUCAUGAAGCAGGGGAUUUCAGUCAUGAACAGAGAUUUAUUUUUGCCACCUAACAAGUUUACAAAUAUUUAUUGUGUAUUUGGUAUGUUGCUUAAAGGUGAAAUCCGUUAAAAGUCCUUUUCAAUAUCCGUGUCAAGAAGAAACCUCCUGAAAACCAUAUUUAAUACUACAGAAUGAGACUAUAUGUUAAAUGUAUUAGAGGAUAUAGCUGCUACAGAAAUUGAUUUUUCCGGUGUAGAACAACUCCAUUUAAUUGACAAAGUUUAAAAUUAAAAGAAAACUGGUUCAGGAUGAAGACUGAUAAAACAAUAAAGUCCCUUAUGUGCUUAGUCUUUUUUCAGGGUAUAAUAUAGCCAAUUCCAAGAGCUUUUGCUAAGAGUUUUGUUUAUAACUUCUGUUUUGUCUUAUUAGUAAACAUUCAUUUGUAACAAAGUUUUGAAGGUGCUGAAUGGAAAACAGAAACACAUGGUUAUUGCACAUUUAACCUAGAAUCAAAUAUUUGCCUAAAUAUUUAAGAACAAGCCAUUCUUAUCUCAAAAUUUAAAUUCGCUAAUUAUGCUAUUUGCAGUUUUAUAAAAUGGAGGCUCAUAUUUAGAAUGAGCACCAGGGGAAUGAAGAGCCUUCAUUUAUAACCUGGUAAAUUAUUUUAUUACUGGAGACCAAUAGCUGUACAGAGAAUAUUAAAACAAACUAUUACAAUGUUAAAGGAAAAGGAAUCUCUUUUUCAUUGGUGCUGAGAGAGCAUUCAGGUAGAAGAUGUUGCACCUGAAAGUUGAGUGUAAAUCAUCUAAACCAGUGGUUCUCAAACUUAGCUAUACUUUGGAGUCAUGUGCAUUUUGAAAAAUAUUGAUGCUUUUAAGGUCCCAUACCCUAAAAUUCUGAUGUUGCUCUGAUGUUGGACAUGGUCAUAAGGAUUUUUUUAAGCUUCUUAGGUGAUUUCAGUAUGCUGCUAAGGUUGAGUUUUAAAUUCACCUUAAGUUUUCUCAUCUGCAAAAUUAAAAAAAACAAUAAUCCUUGCUCCCUUCACUACCUCACAAGUGUAUUGAGGGUAAAGGAGAAAGCAAUGGGGAAGUACUUGUGUGAUGGAUAAAAAGUUCUAUUGAAAGGUAAAGUAGUAUUUGUUGUAUUUCAACUGAAACUAUGAUCAGAAAAGAAAAAUAUGUAAUUGAAUUUACUUUGUUGACUUGGGAAACCGGGAGCAUUCUCUUUGGUUCUUAACUUUAGUGAAGCAUGCAGAUGUGUAAACACACAAUACUACUAUUCUUAUUCAUACUAUGGUCUUCUGUCAUACUCGAGAUAGGCUGUUUUAAUUAUCUGGUUCUACAUAGGAAAGAAACAUUAAGGCUUAAAGUCUGUAAUGGCCAAUGGCUCAUAAUUCAUUAAAACUUUUCAUACAAGGA